UGUCUGCUAUGUAUAGAGGCCAUUAAAACACUUCCUGAAGCUGAAAGACAGCAGCCCCCUGACAGGCGUAUUAUUGCAUUUGGAAUUUCAAGUUUACAGAGGAUUUGCUUCGCAAAGUUGGGCAGACCUAUAGAGAUGGGCAGCAGUGAACCGGUUCCCAUUGCAGAAAGUGACAAGAGAAAGAAGAAGCGACGGAAGGCCCGGGCCACGGACUCCUUGCCAGGGAAGUUUGAAGAUAUGUACAAACUGACCUCUGAGCUGCUUGGAGAGGGAGCCUAUGCCAAAGUUCAAGGUGCCGUGAGCCUGCAGAAUGGCAAGGAGUAUGCUGUCAAAAUCAUUGAGAAGCAUGCAGGACACCGUCGGAGCAGGGUAUUUCGGGAGGUGGAGACGCUCUAUCAGUGUCAAGGAAACAAGAACAUUUUGGAGCUGAUUGAGUUCUUUGAAGACGACACAAGGUUUUAUUUGGUCUUUGAGAAAUUGCAAGGAGGCUCCAUCCUAGCCCACAUCCAGAAGCAGAAGCACUUCCACGAGCGAGAAGCCAGCCGCGUGGUGCGGGAUGUCGCCGCAGCCCUUGACUUCCUGCACACCAAAGGCAUUGCUCACCGCGAUCUGAAGCCAGAAAACAUAUUGUGUGAGUCUCCAGAAAAGGUGUCUCCAGUGAAAAUCUGUGACUUUGACUUGGGCAGCGGGGUGAAACUGAACAACUCCUGCACCCCCAUAACCACACCAGAGCUGACCACUCCAUGCGGCUCUGCAGAAUAUAUGGCCCCCGAGGUGGUGGAGGUCUUCACAGAUGAGGCCACUUUUUACGACAAGCGCUGUGACCUGUGGAGCCUGGGCGUGGUCCUCUACAUCAUGCUGAGUGGCUACCCACCCUUUGUGGGUCACUGCGGGGCCGACUGCGGCUGGGACCGGGGAGAGGUCUGCACGGUGUGCCAGAACAAGCUGUUUGAGAGCAUCCAGGAAGGCAAGUAUGAGUUUCCUGACAAGGACUGGGCUCACAUCUCCAACGAGGCCAAAGAUCUCAUCUCCAAGCUCCUGGUUCGAGAUGCGAAGCAGAGACUAAGCGCCGCCCAAGUUCUGCAGCACCCAUGGGUGCAGGGGCAAGCUCCAGAAAGGGGACUCCCCACGCCGCAAGUCCUCCAGAGAAACAGCAGCACAAUGGACCUGACGCUCUUCGCGGCUGAGGCCAUCGCCCUUAACCGCCAGCUAUCUCAGCACGAGGAGAAUGAACUGGCAAAGGAAUCAGAGGCACUGGCUGAGGGCCUCUGCUCGGUGAAGCUUUCCCCUCCCUCCAAGUCACGCCUGGCCCGCCGGAGGGCACUGGCCCAGGCAGGCCGCAGCGGAGACCCGAGCGCAACACCCACAGCACUCUGACCCACUCUGGGCCCCACGCCUGUCCAGGCCGUGCCCCCCUGGAAGCCUGUGAGGGGCCUGCUCUGCGGCUCCAUCCAGGCCUUUCGUCCACGAAGGCUCUCAUCCUCCUUUCCCCAGAGUCCUCAAGGAAAAAGGCUUUUUCCAAAGGGGUUGUCUUUGAAAAGGAAAGCAAUCACUUGUCACUUUGCAUAACCGCCUGCGGCAGGGACAUCUCUUUGCUGGGCUCCUGCCCACCUGCUCACCCGCCUGCGGAAGGAGGAUCUCGGCUGCUCUCACUGGCUGGGGCUGUGGCCUUCAGGGAGCCAGCCUUGAGAAGCUCGGCUGACAGAGGCUCUUCCCUCUCUCUGCACUGUCACCCGCCUCUGGCGGUCCUUCCACCUUCCUCUGUCCUCCGGACGUCCUCCCCCUUGGCUGAGCAAAGCCAUCCCCUCAAUUCAGGGAAGGGCAGGGAGCCUUCUGUAUUCAGGAAGCCAGAUCAGUCUUCCAGUUGAUGGCGCGGAGAAGCACAUAAUCUUUCUUUGCCGCGACCAGAAUGUGUCCCUCAUUUAUCAUCCUCUUCCUUGUUUGGGACUGCUGCUAAAGUCAGUAUUAUUUCAUUUUUUUAAAAUGUUUGGGGUAUUUUUAACCGUGCUCUUCUGGCAAAGAUGAGACUUUACACUCCCACUGUGAGCUCGUGGACUUUCCAGAGCUCUUAGGGCUCACUCUUCUCUCCUGAACGUCCAUGCAUUUGGAAGGUUUUAAUCAGCUAUUUCCUAUUAUUUUAACUGGUUUUAAGCUGUUCAGAUGAUGAGUGACUUAGAGACCAGUGUGUCUGCUGCUUCCUCCCUCGGGCCUGGUGUGGAGGGCAGCACAGGUCUGGGUCAGUGAGGAGCUCUGUGCCUGAUGUGGAGCCGGUCCGGAGGCUGCCCGGCCACCCUGGUCUGAGCCACGUGGUGCCUGCUGCCUGGGAGCACAGAGACACAUCCAGCAUCAGAUAGCUAAGCUGCUUAGUUACCUUAAAAAAUCAAUUUGCAUGUGUCAGAUGUUUUUACAACACAAGGAUGCUAUUAUGCAUUGUGCUUAUUUUAAUAAAACUGUUUUAAAUUCUA